CUAAAGACUUAUCUAUAAUCCCAAGCCUUUCCUGACAUCCUCUGAGUGAGGGCUACAUGUAUAUAUGUAUGUAGUCUGUUUUGUUGUGCUAUUCUUAUAACAAAUGUAAAGCACUUUGGCCAACGAGAGUUGUUUUUUAAAUGUGCUAUAGAAAUAAAUGUGACUUGACUUGACUUGACUUUCACCCCAGCGGUGCGUAACAUCGAUUAUUUUCCGCUCACCAGGGAUGCACGUGGGUCAAGUGAGCAUUUCUUGCGCUGGUGAAGAUUCCUCCCUGGCGGUCCUGCGAUUUGCAUUCGACGGCAAAGAGUUCAUCAGCUUUGAAUACUCCUCGAACACGUUUGUAGCCAAACACCGGCUGGCGGAGCCAUAUGCCAUUCAGGGCUUUGUAGACAUGGAGGAGUAUUUUGAAGUUUAUACGGAAACGCACAGGGAGCCAGUGGAGCUGAAGAAAAAUGAGAGAGUUAUCAGAAACUAUGUUCGGUACAUGCGCCGCUGGCCAAUGAUCUCGCACAUAGUUAAAGGAGCCAUCCGAGCUGAGACGGCGAAACCUGCGAUCACGAUCACCUCAAGGCGUCCAAAUGCACAGGGACAUCCCUUGGUCCUGACCUGCAGAGUGGAUGGGUUUUACCCGAUGGACAUCAACACCACCUGGCUGCGGAACGGCAAAGACAUCGACCAAGAGGUGCUAAGGAGCAACGUUCUGCCCAACUUUGACGGGACGUUCCAGAUGAGACUACAGCUUAGUGUUGACCCCAGUGGAAUCGGCGACACCUAUUCCUGCCAAAUCACACACACGAGCGUGCCUGACAACCUGACUGCAGUUUGGGUUCACCAGAAUCAAAACGGACCAGUCUAUGGAUAUGUGGUUGGAAUAAUGGCUGGAUUAGUCGGUAUUCUGAUUGCUCUAUCUGGAGGAGUCAUUAGAUGGAAAGUGGAAACAUGCGAUUAUCUUUCUCCAGUGAACCAGAGCCGAGACUCGCAACUUGGGCCGAUCCAGAGCCAACUCAUGACCCUUCCAGAUAUGCCUUCAGGUGUCAGUGCAGUGCGUGAAGACACCCAACUUUGUGAAGACGUCACAUCUUUGCCGAGCCCCGUCUCUGUAAAUGUGUCAGAAGUUUAAAAACGAAUCGCC